AUGGAUGGGGACAAUAUUCAAAGAGCAGAUCUUUCUAGGGCUGAAAAUGAUGAUUUGACACCUCUCCAAGAAGCAGCAUCCAAUGGUCACCUCAAUGAUGUACAGGUUCUCAUUGGGCAAGGAGCAGAUCUAAAUGGGGCUGAUAAUGAUGGCAGGACACCUCUUCUUGCGGCAUCAUUAAAUGGUCACCUCGAUGUGGUAACAUUUCUCAUUGGCCAAGGAGCAGAUAUAAAUAGGGCUGAUAUUGGUGGGGGCACACCUCUCUACUCGGCAUCUUCAAACGGUCACCUCGAUGUUGUAAAGUUUCUCACUGCCGAAGGAGCAGAUCUAAAUAGGGCUGGUUAUGAUGGCAGAACACCUCUCCUAGAGGCAUCAUUCAAUGGUCACCUCGUUGUUGUACAGUUUCUCAUUGGGCAAAAAGCAGAUCUAAAUAAGGCGAGUAUCAGUGGCAGGACACCUCUCCACGCAGCAUCAUCUAAUGGUCAUCUCGACGUUGUACAGUUUGUCAUUGGCCAAGGAGCUGAUCUGAAUAUGGCACAUCGGUUUCAAGGCACACCUCUCCACACGGCAUCAUCCAAUGGUCACCUCAAUGUUGUACAGUUUCUCACUGACCAAGGAGCAGAUGUAAAAAGGGCUGAUGAUAAAGGCAGGUCACCUCUCCAAGCGGCAUCAUGGAAUGGUCACCUCGUUGUUGUACAGUUUCUCACUGGCCAAGGAGAAGAUCUAAAUAGGGCUGAUAAUAAUGGUAGCACACCUCUCCACACGGCAUCUUCCCAUGGUCACCUCGAUGUUGUACAGUUUCUCACUGACCAAGGAGCAGAUUUCAAAAGGGCUGAUGAUAAAGGCAGGUCACCUCUCCAAGCGGCAUCAUUCAAUGGUCACCUCGAUGUUGUACAGUUUCUUACUGGCCAAGGAGCAAAUAUAAAUAGGGUUGGUAUUGAUGGGCGCACACCUCUCUACACGGCAUCUUCCAAGGGUCACCUCAAUGUUGUACAGUUUCUCAUUGACCAAGGAGCAUAUCUGAAAAAGGCUGGUUAUGAUGGCAGGACACCUCUCCAAGAGGCAUCAUUCAAUGGUCAACUCGAUGUUGUAAAGUUUCUCUUUGGCCAAGGAGCAGAUCUAAAAAGGGCUGAUUAUGAUGGCAGGACACCUCUUCUUGCGGCAUCAUUCAAUGGUCACCUCGAUGUGGUAACAUUUCUCAUUGGCCAAGGAGCAGAUCUAAAAAAGGCGGAUAAAUACGGCAUGACACCUCUCCACAUGGCAUCAUUCAACGGUCACCUGGAUGUUGUACAGUUUCUCACUGACCAAGGAGGAGAUCUAAAUACGGCGGAUAAUGAUGCCAGGACACCUCUACAUGCGGCAUCAUCCAAUGGUCAUCGCGACGUUGUACAGUUUCUCAUUGGCAAAGGAGCAGAUAUAAAUAGGGAAGAUAAGGAUGGAUGGACACCUCUCUAUACAGCAUCAUUCGAUGGUCACCUCGAUGUUGCACAGUUUCUCACUGGCCAAGGAGCAGAUCUAAAAAAGGCGGAUAAAGACGACAUGACACCUCUCCACAAGGCAUCAUUCAAUGGUCACCUCGAUGUUGUACAGUUUUUCACUGACCAAGGAGGAGAUCUAAAUACGGCGGAUAAUGAUGCCAGGACACCUCUACAUGCGGCAUCAUCCAAUGGUCAUCGCGACGUUGUACAGUUUCUCAUUGGCAAAGGAGCAGAUAUAAAUAGGGAAGAUAAGGAUGGAUGGACACCUCUCUAUACAGCAUCAUUCGAUGGUCACCUCGAUGUUGUAAAGUUUCUCAUUGGCCAAGGAGCAGAUCUAAAAAGGGCGGAUAAAGAUGCCAGGACACCUCUACAUGCGGCAUCAUCCAAUGGUCAUCGUGACGUUGUUCAGUUUCUUAUUGGAAAAGGAGCAGAUCUAAAUAGACUUGGUCGAGAUGGCAGCACACCUCUAGAAGUGGCAUCACUCAAUGGUCACCUGGAUGUUGUACAGUUUCUCAUUGGCCAAGGAGCAGAUUUACAAAGGGCGAAUAAAGAUGGCAGGACACCUCUCUUCGCGGCAUCACUCAAUGGUCACCUUGGUGUUGUACAGUUUCUGACUGACCAAGGAGCAGAUUUAAAAUGGGCGGAUAAAGAUGGCAGGACACCUCUCUUCGCGGCAUCAUUCAAUGGUCACCUUGAUGUUGUACAGUUUCUCAUUGGCAAAAAAGCAGAUCUAAAUAGGACUGGUAAUGAUGGCAGCACACUUCUAGAAGCAGCAUCACUCAAAGGUCACCUCGAUGUUGUACAGUUUCUCAUUGGCAAAAAAGCAGAUCUAAAUAGGACUGGUAUUGGUGGGCGCACUCCUCUCCAAGCGGCAUCAUUCAAUGGUCACCUUGAGGUUGUACAGUUUCUUGUUGGCCAAGGAGCAGUUCUGAAUAAAGUUGGUCGAGAUGGCAGCACACCUUUAGAAGUGGCAUCAAUCAAAGGUCACGUCGAUGUUGUACAGUUUCUCAUUGGCCAAAUAGCUGAUCUAAAAAGGGCUGGUAACGAUGGAAGCACACCUCUAGAAGCGGCAUCACUCAAAGGUCAUCUCGAUGUUGUACAAUUUCUCAUUGACCAAGGAGCAGAUCUAAACAGGGCUGGUAUUGGUGGGCGCACACCUCUCCAAGCGGCAUCAUUCAAGGGUCACCUCAAUGUUGUACAAUUUCUUAUUGGCCAAGGAGCAGAUCUAAAUAGGGUUGGUCGGGAUGGCAGCACACCUCUGGAAGUGGCAUCACUCAAAGGUCAUCUCGAUGUUGUUAAGUUUUUCAUUGGCCAAAAAGCAGAUCUAAAUAUGGCUGGUGUUGGUGGUCACACACCUCUCCAAGCGGCAUCAUUCAAUGGUCACCUCGAUGUUGUACAGUUUCUCAUUGGCCAAGGAGCAGAUCUAAAUAGGGCUGGUAAAGAUGGCAGCACACCUCUGGAAGUGGCAUCACUCAAAGGUCAUCUCGAGGUUGCACAGGUUCUCAUUGGCCAAGGAGCAGAUCUGAAUAGGGCUGGUUUUGAUGGGCGCACACCUCUCCAUGCGGCAUCAUUCAAUGGUCACCUCGACGUUGUACAGUUUCUCAUUGGCCAAGGAGCAGAUCGAAAUACGGCUGGUAAUGAUGGCAGGACACCUCUCCAAGCGGCAUCAUUCAAUGGUCACCAUGAUGUGGAACAGUUUCUCACUGACCGAAAAGCAGAUCCAAAUAGGAUUGAUAUUGGUUGGAGGCGCACACCUCUCCACGCGCAGUUAAUUGAUAAAGAUCCAGCCGUGGGUUCAAAACAGGAAAGCGGGGGUGUCGAAAAACAGGUGGAUAACGAAGCAAACGUAGACGCCUCAAAACUGGAACAGCUUAACUUAGACUCUGCAUCUUCUGAACAAGUCGUAGAAGAUGUUAUUCGUGAUUCCAUGGAGGCAUCCGAUCAGCAAGCAGGCUUGAUUCGCAUCGAGAAGUAUGGCAUUGAAGUCAAAUUUCAUCCAAGUUCCGACAGUUUUUCAUUGAUUGCCUUUGCCAAUGGUGACCCUCGAUGUGUUGUUCGAGAGCGAGAUCUUGAUCUCUACAUCUCCCACUUCUCGGAAUGGUGGAUUGUUGCUUUCAUCACAAAGGUAUUCUUCGGCAAGCGUGUCAUCUGUACGCCCUUUUUACCCGAGCCCAGCCGUAGGAACGCUAAGCACCUGUUGAGGCUCUGCAUUAGAGACAGUAACUACGGAAAAGCAGAGCCCAAAGUAGGAUACGCGAAACCAGAAGAAGAAGAAGAGUAUUUUGUGGCAUGGCGUUCUGGCGAACUUAAAGUAACCUGUCAGGUAGACGACAUGGACAUAGGCACUCAGGCAAGUUAA